AUGCUUAGUAGUGUUGGUGUAGCAUGCGUUGGUGGAUGGUGUAGGGCGAGCGUGGUACCUCGUGGUAUAGCGUGGUAUCGCGUGGUAUCUCACGCGUGGCAUCGCGUGGCAGCGCGUGGCGGGCGGUGCGCGCGCGCCGCGGGCGGCGGGCUGCGGGCGGCGGGUGGCAGGCGGCGGGCGUGGCAGCGGAGGCGGCGCGCGGCGCCAUUCGCCGCCGCCGAGGCCCGCCCCCUCCCGCCGCCGCCCGCAGCCCGCCGCCCCGCCACCGCCCCGCGCCCGCUCGCCACCGCCUCGCUCAGUGCCUCGCGAGUCGCCGCCCGCGUCGCACGUGUCGCGCAUAUUCACAUCGUCCGCGUUCGUUGCAGAUGCGAGCACGCCGCCGCUGAAGCGAUGCCCGCCGAGGAGGAAGCCGCGGCGAUGGACGCCCGCGAAGCCGCUGACGGCUCGCCCCAGCAGUUCUGCCUCCGCUGGAACAACUAUCAAAGCAACCUAGCCAACUGUUUCGACCAACUUCUGCAGACGGAGUCGUUCGUCGACGUCACGCUCGCCUGCGAGGGCCAAAGUCUGAAAGCACACAAAGUGGUGCUCUCCGCAUGCAGCCCCUACUUCCAGACCCUGUUCAUGGAAAAUCCGUGCCGACAUCCGAUCAUAAUCAUGCGCGACAUAAAAUACUGCGACCUGAGAGCGGUGGUCGACUUCAUGUACCGCGGCGAGAUCAACGUGUCGCAGGACCAGAUCAGCGCCCUGCUAAAGGUGGCCGAGAUGCUGAAGAUCCGCGGGCUGACGGACGUGAGCGGGGACCACGCAGUGUUGAGACCGGGCGGGGAUCCGCGCGGCGGGAAACGGCCGGUGAGCCGCGAGCCGGAGUCGCCGGCGAAGUCGCGGCGGCGCUCCGCGGAGGGCCCGAGCCCACGCGAAAGCCCCGCCGCGGACCUGCCGCCGCCCGACACGCCGACACCCGCCAUGCCGCUGCACGGAGACGACGUGGACAUCCGCCCCGGCAUCGCCGAGAUGAUCCGCGAAGAGGAACGGGUAAGUUGCGCUCGCUCCCGCUUCCCGCCAAACUUUUCCCGCCGUUACGCCAUCCGCCCGCGCCCCACCCCCCCGCCGAACUCCACUGUAUCGUCUUCCUAA